ACCCCAGGGUUUGGGGUUUUGCACCCCGGCUCAUCAGCUCCCUGCGUUCGCAUCGUGGGUUUAACUUUGCCUUGAGUUGUAGUGUACGAUCGUGCUCCUGCCUGUGCCUGCUCCUCGGAGAAGUGCUACAGACUCGCUUUUACUGCAGAAAAAGUGCAUGCUGCUUCUGUAGGGGAGAUGUCGAAUGGGAAAGGGCUGUGCUAUUUAAUGAUGCAGGUUCGACACGCGGCCGUGGAGCGGGGACGAUGCUCGCACGCAGCCUGGCUGGGAGUGCCUGGUGGGAAGGGACCGGGGCAUCCUGAAAGCUGCACCCUGCUGCUGCUCCGAGAUGCUGCUGGGAUGCUUCGAGCCAGCCGGCUGCCCGUAAUGGCCAGGUCUGAAGGGGAGCUUUUAGGUGCCGUGAAGAACUUCAGCCAGCGCCGCACGUUUAUCCUGCCACGUAUCAGACACUUCUGGACUGAUAACCACGAUGGCCUGAUAACCAUGGGGCAGUGAUGGCACAGACGCAGCAGGAUUUUAACAGUGGGAGGAUGCUGAUGGACAAAAACGAGUCCUGGCUCUCUAAUUUCUCCUCUGCUGCAUCAUCCCUUGUGAAAGGAGGUGGCAACCGGGCGGGGGUCGGCCUCCAGGAGGUGGUCAUCGGGUUAAUACUCACCCUCAUCGACUUGGUCACGCUCCUGGGAAAUACAGUAGUCUUUAUCUGCCCGGUGGUGGAAAAGAGGCUGCGGACCGUCACCUACAUGUUCAUCAUGUCCUUGGCCAUGGCAGACUUCCUCGUAGCGUGCCUGGUCAUGCCGUUCAGCAUCAUUUACGAGGUGACGGGGAUGUGGUUGUUCGGGAAACUGUUCUGCAAAGUCUGGAUCUCCUUCGACGUCAUGUUCUGCACCGCGUCCAUCGUCACUCUGUGCUUUAUCAGCCUGGACAGAUACUGCUCCGUGGUGACCCCCUACCACUACUCAAGAAGGAUGUCCCGUGGCAGAUGCAUUGUGAUGACCUGCGCGGUCUGGGUGUACUCCUCCCUCAUCUCCUUCCUUCCUGUCAUGCAAGGCUGGAACGAGAUCCCCGGGGUGGAUUUUGAUGCAGGCACAGAGUGCAUCUUCGUCACCAACUGGAUUUUCGCCAUUGUGGCUUCCGCUCUUGCAUUUUUCGUCCCCUUCAUGGUCAUGUGCAGCAUGUACUUCUUCAUCUACCGCGCGUCGCGGCUCAAGGCCACCCGUAUCAUGUCUCAGACCCUGGAGCUCCACUACCACCCCAACAGCAAGCGGCAGAACCACCUGCAGCUGGAGAACAAGGCCACGCGGACCAUUAGCAUCAUCAUUUCUGUCUUCGUGCUCUGCUGGCUGCCGUACUUUGUCCUGAACGUCUGGCUGGCUGCCCGGGGCACCCACUCCGCUAGCACUGUCCUGGUGGACACCUUCAAGGUCAUCACUUGGUUAGGGUACUGCAACUCCACCAUCAACCCGAUGCUCUACGCCUUCCUCAACAGGGACUUCCAGCGGGCCCUGAAGAAGCUGCUCAUUUGCAGGCCCAGGUCUCAGGUGGACAUCGGGGAGGACAUGGUUUCCAUAGCCACCUUUUCCAGGACUGCUCCCGACCUGGAAUAUAGCAUCACCGUGCCGGUGCCCAAUGGGGUCCUGAAGGGCAAGCCCAAGCAGUAGGGGCUCAGAGUUGGUUGCUAAAGGUGGUGGUGUAGAAAGUGCAAGAGCACGUCCUCGUGGAAAAGUGCAUGGCUGGAAAAUGGGGGAUGGAGGGGCUGAAAUAUUACAGCUGGGGGCAUAUGACAACGAUGCAUUUCUUUCUUUUCCACCGUUUUAUGAACAAAGAGGAAUUUGUUAUAGCUAACAGAGCUCAUUCUUUCCUGGGUAAUUAUUUUUUUAAUGAGUAUUUCCUAAUACGAAUCCAAUCGUCAUGCUGGGGAAAAGAAAUCAGUAGAAUAAUGUGACUUUGUCUUACUGUAUGCACAUCCUGGUGAUCUACAGCUCAAGUUGUGACGGUAUUUCUUCCUGAUCGAGCCCCUGUAGCUCUCAUCUUGCAGUUUACCUUAUCAAUGUGACCAGGUGUACUAAGUACACUGUUGUUCUGUGAACGGGAGGUAGCAGGAAGGAUCUGGUCAAGCUGCUCACUCUCCGCAGCCAGGGCUGUCUGCACAGGUUUCAGCUUGUUCACUCACUUCUGAAAUACAGGUUUAGGGCUUUCCCAUUUGGCCUUGGUGGUCGACAGGCUGGGAUUGGUUCAGCAGCAGGCAGAAAGAAACACUCGCUGUGCAUCGCCUCUGUGGCUAGUGUUUGUAAGAUCUGAGACCAGUGCUUCAGGGGCUUUACUGUGAAUUAGCUGCAAGUCUCCUUAUUAAUUCUGGAAGGGAACAUCCCUCGUGUCAGA